AUGGCCUCUCUCCCUCCACAGUCUACUACACCAGGUCGAAUACGGUCGACAACGUCACGAGACUCGAACAGUGAACACAACGCUCUCCCGCAAGAAACAAGCUCAUACACAGCGACAUCGUCGUCAGAGACCGAAGACCGAGAAAGCUCCUCCGAACCCGUAUUCCCACGAAGUCCCGCACAGUCCACCUCCUUUGCCGGGAUCGAGGUGGAAGACAUCACCGAUACGAACAAAGAAGCAGAGAACCCAGACACGGUUAAUGGCACCGACGCCGCUGGAACCUCAUCCAGUAACAUUGCCGCCUCCGCGCCCAACCACCCUGACGAAAACGAGCCGAAGAAGUGCUGGAUCUGCUAUUCCGACGAAACAGAGGAUACUCCGCUGAAUUCCGAAUGGCGAUCCCCAUGCCCCUGCGCGCUGUCUGCGCACGAGGCAUGCCUGCUUGAUUGGCUGGCCGAUUUGGAGAAUCCAAAGUCGAGACGAUACAGCGGCCGGUCGGCGAAGAUGCACUGCCCGCAGUGUAAAUCGGAGAUUGUGAUCGCUCGACCGAGGAGUUUGAUUGUCGAAAUGCUGCGCAGGGCGGAACGGCUUGCGGGACGCUUGGUGCUCCCCGGAGUACUGUUUACGCUGGCGGGUACUGUUUGGGCUGGGUGCUGUGCGCAUGGGGUAUAUUCGAUGUAUCUUAUUUUUGGGACGCAGGAGACGAAGCGGAUAUUGGAGGCUGGAACGGGCCAGCCAUGGAAUCCGAGGAUGAAUUUGGGGCUGCCCACGAUUCCCCUAACGCUGAUAUUUUCGCGGACUAGAUAUGCGGAGAGCUUGCUGCCUGCUAUUCCGGUCAUAUUUUUUGCUACGCAUCGUCCCGGGGAGGUGCCGUUGGAUUUGGAUAUGUGGCCGCCUAGUGCAUCAGUCACCUUUGCGGUGCUUCCGUAUGCGAAAUCGUUUUAUAACCUACUCUAUGAGUGGUCGUUUGGAAAGUUAGAAAGGAAAUGGAUAGCAGAGGUUCAGCCUCGGGCAGGGGAAAGUGAGGGGAACGGACAGGCCGGCCAAGACGGUCACCAGAAUGAGGAUAAUCAGGUACAUGACCACAUGGCCGAGAAUGAGGGCGAGGUUCUGAUGGAGAUUGGCUUGGAACUGGAGCUAGGUAUGGGAGACGGUGAUGAGCCACCUGUCGCCAUACAAGCCGUUGCUCGCGGCGGUGACAACCAACCAGCAGGGGCACAAGUGGAGGGGCAGGAAGGGAAUCAAGAAGGUGCUCCAGCGAAUCAAAUACUUGGGAGGCGCCAACAUGAGAUAAUUCAGGAUACCAGCAAUAUCGCCGACACCGUUCUCGGAGCACUUUUAUUCCCUGCCAUCUCUGCCGGUAUGGGUGGUUUGUUGAAAUUUACACUACCCAAGUCAUGGACGACGGCACCUGCGUCGCUUGAAAAGGGCAGGGCGGGAUUCUUUCAAACAAAAUGGGGUCGAAGUGUUGUUGGAGGAUGUCUCUUUGUCCUGCUGAAAGAUGCGCUGGUGCUCUACUGCCGAUGGAAGCUGGCCCAGACGCACCGCAAGCGGAGAGUAUUAAAUUACGAUCGGGUUAAAAAGCGAGUUGUCGAUCCAUGA